UUCGACCGAGACGUCGGCGGAGGGAAUGGACAAGAAGAAUAGACGAUGCUCACAGUAUAGCAUAUGAGGCGGCGGACGGUGCAAGAUGCCGUACCAAGACGGCUACGUGCCGGAAUAUAAUUAUAGCAAUCACUCAGGACAAUAUGGGCAAGCACAAUAUGGAUUCCAGCAACAGCAGCAGCAGCAGCAACCGCAGCAGCAGCGACCGCCUCAGCAACACACCUACCAACAAAACUGGCACACUCCGUACGCCACGCCUCAGGCCUUCGAUCCGAGCCAAGGCCAGGCAUCAUUCUACCAAACGCCGAACCAGCCUGCACGCCAACAACAGUACUUGUCGCCACCAUCUCAGCCUGCCCUCAUACAGCAAAACGUGCAAUACUCACCGGACCCGCUGCAUCACUUCCAGCCGCCACCUCAGCCGAGACAACAGCAGCAACAGGCUUUCUACGCACAGCAACAGGCCAAGCAAGCUCAGAGACCGCUGUCUCAGUCGUCUCAAACUCAGCAGACGCCCCGUCCACAAGGAUCUCACAGGCAGCCAGUGGCAUCACCUCAAUGGACCCAAUAUCCCUCCUCGCCGUCACCGUAUGAGACAUCAGGGCCAUCUAGCAGGGCACCAACAAGCAACAGUCCCUAUGCAACGGCACAGCAAGCUCAGCAACAGCAGCAGCCGCCGCCGCCGCAGCGAUCUCAUCAACAAGUCUCUCAUCCUGGACAACCGUCCUCGCAGAUGGCCCAGGGGCAAAAGAACAGGCCAAUGCCGAGUCAACAGCACAGUCAAGCGCGAAUGCCUUCGCAAGCUAUGCCCUCGCAACCCCACAAGCAAAGCGGGAGCUCGCAGCAGCGACCAUCUCCUGUUGUGCAGAACCGGGUCAUGAAUGACAGGCCCAGUCAACCUACUGUCGGACAAUUUGUACAACACAACAAUCUCCAGCAGGUGGAUCCUAGCGUGGCUCACAGCUUCCAUGAAGUCAACACGCCCACACAAGCCAAGCGACCAUCGGUGCCACAGAACAAUUUCAGACCACCAUCAUCGUCCCGUCAGGUCCAGUCUACUCCGUCAACCAUCACGGUUGAUCCCUCUAUGCUGCAGCGACCAAAUUCCACGAUCAAGGCCCAGCCUCAACGCCCGUCGAUCAAGCUUGAGCGACCAGAAGUCCGUUCCCCAAAGCGUAGAAGAUCCAAUGACGGCACUGCUCUUCCGAUCGAUAAUCAGCCUGAGCGGCAUGCCGCAUCCGUCAAGCACGAGCCGGAGUCAAAGUCGUCCCGACAAAUGCUCCAGUCCAAGCCGGUCCCUGCUUCUUCGCCACUAACGGAGCUAGCAUCUUCCCAACUGCCACCUACGCCCACGCCGUUGACAAGCGUCGAUUACCAAGCCGCUCUGCUUGCUCUCUCUGACGAAUACAUCAGUGCUGCGUAUAGCAUGACUGGCCCUCUGUCCGGGAAGGAGGCAUCUGACGAGUUAUUGGACCAAUACCAGAAUUUGCUGUCAACAGGGCUAGGCUGUCUUGACUCAGUGCUCAAAAACUACCGCAUCUCUGACCCGCGCAAAGAGGCACGCAUCCGGCUGAGAUAUGCUAGCCUUCUCUAUGAAGAGACAGAAAACUUGACUGACGCGGAAGAGUGCCUCAGUAAAGGAAUUUCUUUGUGCGAGCGUGCGCGGUUAACAGACCUCAAAUAUGCCAUGCAUCACUUGACAGCGAGGAUUUGGUUCAAAAGCCGCAAAUUCAAGACGGCCAUGAAGACCGUGGAGAGGAUGACAGCCGAAGUUGAGAAAUUGCAGCUCCUGCAUUGGGUGUACGCAUUCCACUUCCUGCGUGUAUCUUUUGGACUUCAGAUUCCAGACAACCACCACGAAACAGUCUCACUGGUCCGUUACUUGAGCGCACUGUCGGCCGUGGCGACCAGACACUAUCACGUCUCUGUGCAGAUCGUUGCUCAUACCAUUGAAGCGCUGGUACAUCUAAGGGCUCGCACGUCUGAUAGCAUCGAUCUUGCGAACCGGGCGAUGGCUUCCGCGCGAAUGCAUCAGUUGACACCUGAAAUGCAAGCAAUGCCGCAGGUCAAAGCUCUUUUGAAUUACCUCGACGUCGGAUGUUCCCUCACUCGUUUCAACCGCAAGGUGGCUGACUCAAAAGUGCAAGCGAUGCAAUUGGAGCUCGAUCAAGGCACGCACGAUGAAGCAUGGACCAAUAGAGAUGGUUGCGCGCUUCACAUCAGUCUUGGUCACAGCAAAGAUGCUGAGUUGGAGGCCGACUCAGGCGGAGUUUUCCAGCAGGGUCCGAAUGGUGAUGUGUGUCUCGCAUUCUCAUGGCUCACGAAACAGCAGGCAUACGCUGUUGGCUAUUUGAUCAGUGGUUUGUCAAAACUUGACGGCAGUACAGGACCAGAGGCAGCAAAAUAUCUGAGCCACGUCGUUACUAUGAGUAGGACGGUACCAAAGGAUAUGUCACUCUCCUUGAGUGCUGCGACGUCGAGAUGGCACAUGCAAGUCUCACUACGGGCGACAGCGAGGCUCUAUAUUGCAUUCGCUUUUUGUGGCAUCUCGGACUGGCCUCACGCAAUUAAUGCACUGCAGGCUUAUCGUGAGAAGGACGUUCCACAGCUCGAAGGCGCACCCGAUGCUGCUUUUACAACACUGGCCACAUACCUCGAUGCUGUCGUCAAGCACGGCUCAGGGGAUCUUGAAGAGGCGUUGCGACUGUACCGCUCCCCUGCGCUGCAGGUACCCUUACUCGGCAGCACAGAAAGCGGGAUGGCUCCGAUGAACCCAAUCAAAGUCCUUUCGGCACUGAAUAGCGUGGAAAUUCUUCAUUCACAGGGCAAGAGUAAAGAGGCUGGCCUGUUGUUAGACUGGACCGAACCUUACUGCGUCGUGACUAGGAAUAGUGAUGGCGGCGAGCACGGCAGCAGAGCAAUGGAGUCACUCUUUUGUAUGCUCAAGGCUGUGGCCUCGCAGCGAGCGGGAGGAUUGAUCAUUGACACCAAGUCUAUUCUGCAACGCAGCGUCAAAGCUGCUCAGGCUGUUGGGAACGAUCAACUUCUGAUGUGUGUCAUGAACAUUAUGACCGACGCAUGGUUCAAGAACAUUGUCGGACAGCAAGCCGUCAGCUCUGGUAAAUCAGCGCGCGGACUCGCUGGCAAGAAUAACAAUAAGUUGUGGAGAGCCGUGGGAACUCGAAUGUACGCUGAUACGCUUGAGCUGAGCGGACAAUUGGGACAGGCCGAGGAGAUGAGACAGGAUGCCCAACAGCUCAUGGCAAACCUGCCACCGAACCUGCGAGACGCGUUCCAAAAAGGGAAGACGAAUUGAUUGUCAGCGGGCAUGUGUUCAAGAUCGUUCUGUUCAGACGGCCUUCGAGCCGUGUAUGCUUGCUAUGACUGGUAGCUGAUGGCUGAGACCCAAUUGCUCGCAAAUAUAAUGUAAUGCAUGUAAGAUGAUACCCAGGAGAAAUGUUUGCAACACGA